AUGGUUAGGGCUGAUGCAUCCGUCAGCAUCAAGGUGCUCCUAAAUGCCACCGCCGCACACUUUGGGUUUAGGCCGACUUACAGGAGGGCCUGGUUGGUGAAGCAGAAGGUUGUUGCCCUCAUCUAUGGUGACUGGGAUGAGUCGUACAAUGAGCUCCCAAGGUGGGUGUUAGGAGUCCAGUUGACGAUGCCUGGUACUGUUGCAGUCCUAAGGACGAGCCCUGUUCGUGUCGGUGUAUGGGGAACCUUGCUAGUCGCGAUUGCACAGGACGGAAAUUCCAACAUACUCCCUGUUGCAUUCGCAUUAGUCGAUGGUGAGAAUGCUGAGUCGUGGUCCUUCUUUCUCUCCCACCUGCGUGAGCAUGUGACACCGCAGCCGGGUCUGCUGGUUAUCUUGGACAGGCAUAACGGCAUCAAGGCUGUGCUUGAGGCUCCUGAUGGAGGCUGGUUGCCUCCGACUGCAUACCGGGCAUUUUGCAUUCGACAUGUUGCGACAAAUUUCGCCCUCACCUUCAAGGGCAAAGACGCAAGGAGGCUACUUGUGAAUGCAGCGUACGCUAAGACCGAGGUCGAGUUCCAUUACUGGUUUGAUAUUCUUAGGUCCGAAUACCCGACGAUGUGUCACUGGGCGAACCGGAUUGAGUAUUCGUUGUGGACACAGCAUUGUGAUGAGGGGCGUAGAUUCGGACACAUGACGACGAAUAUAUCUGAGUGUGUGAACUCUAUCCUUAAGGGUGUCAGAAACCUUCCUGUGUGCUCGCUAGUGAAGGCAACAUACGGAAGGUUGGCCGAAUUAUUUGUUCGCAAAGGGAGAGAGGCUGAGGCGCAGAUGGGAACCGGAAAACAAUUUAGUCCGCACUUGGUGAAGUGUAUAGAGGCCAACUUGAAGACGGCUAGGUGCUUCACGGUUACUAUGUACGACAGGGAUAACUCCGAGUUCACCAUCGCAGAGACAACUCCAACUGGUUCUUUUUCACUGGGUAGCUACAGAGUCUCACUUGCAUCUCACACAUGUGACUGCGGAUACUUCCAGGCACUUCAUUUCCCGUGUCCCCACGCACUGGCAUGCUGUGCCUACUCAGGGCUUACUUGGGAGCCUUACGUCCACCAGGUGUAUCGUCUUAGUUCGGUCUUCAGUGUGUAUUGGAUGGGUUUCACACCUCCCAUUCCAGAGGGUUUCUGGCCACUAUAUGACGGGUCGACUGUCAUCCCUGACCCCAAUAAGAGGCGUGCGAGAGAGGGUCGUAUGAGGUCCACUCGGAUACGGACCAAUAUGGACGAGGCAGAUCCGAACCGGCCAAAGAGAUGUGGGCUUUGUCGGUAG